GCUGGCCCCGCCUAAUCUACGGAGUCAAAAAUGAAGGUAAAUGCUCCAAAUUUUAACAUUGGUGGGUGGGAUCCACGCAGUGUCGGGUAAGAAAUCGAAUCCACAGCGCAGUUUAGUAACGCCUGCUGCUUUACAUUCCUCGUCGUCUAUCGUGCACCGCCCCUACUCACAAGCAUGCGUCUCUUUCCCCUAUCCUGUAAUUCAACAACUCAAUUCAUUACAUUUCACGUGGGACUCAAUCCUGUUUCCCUCUUAUUUUAUCUUUCUCAGCUCCAUAUUACAUCCGUUUCCCAUUCUUUCCGCUGAUUUCAGUCUUCUUUUCCGGAAAGUUUGAGUCUUGGAAGCAUUCCCAAUGCACGAUCGAGUAUUCCGAGGUUUUUGAAGAAAGCAACCUUGAGCUCUUGAUGAUGAUCAUGGUGUUAUUCGAUAAAGUUAUCUCGAGAGCUAAUUAAGAAGUAGUAAUAUUUUGGGAACGCUAUGAGUGAUGAGGAUGAUAACAUGUGCCUAAUAAAUGGGGGAAAGUUUCCUAAUCAAGAUAUCAGUUAUCCUCAAAAUGUUGGGAAAUCAUACAUUGAUGUGGAGGAUGAUGAAGACGAUGACGAUGGAGGAGAUGGUGUUGAGAGGAUAGGUAAAGAUGAUUAUGGAGGUGGCGAUGAGGAUGAGACGACGGAUGAUGAUGAAUCCGGUGAUCUUCAGAGGCAUCCGAAGAAGAGGAAACUCAAAACCACCCUGUUGUCGAGCUAUGAGUUUGCACCUCGGUUGCCAGCCUCAUCGCCUGGUUCAGCUCCGGUCCCAAAGCCAUCAUAUGGCGGGCGAAAUCCACUCCUGGAUUGGACUGAGCGCGAGACUUCCGUCUUGCUUGAUGCUUGGGGCGAGAGAUAUCUGAAGCGAGGGAGGAAGAGCCUCCGCUCCGAGGAGUGGCAAGAGGUCUCGGAGAAGGUAUCCCAGGGAUCGCAGAUUGAGAGAACUGACACUCAGUGUCGGAACCGUUUGGAUACGUUGAAGAAGAAGUACAAGAAGGAGAAGGUCAAGUUGGGGGAGGGUGGCAGUGUGGCUUGUAAGUGGAUUUAUUUCAACAAGAUGGACACGCUCUUGUCGACACCCCCACAGCAAGCAGGGGGCCUUUCGUGUGGGAUGGAGUCGGGAGAGUAUGUGUUCACCAACCCUAAGGUUUAUCUCAAUCAGUCGAAUGGGUUGGAUGAGAUGCGGGACAGUCCAGGAAACUCGGAAUCUGGUGGGGAUGGAGAAGAUGAAUCCGAGGGCCUUCCACCACAGAGGGCAACUAACAGUUUGUUUAAAAUGCUUGCUGACUCCAUUCAUAAGUUCAGUGAGAUAUACCAGAAGAUCGAGCUCAGCAAGCGACAGCAAAUGGUUGAGCUGGAAAAAAUGAGGAUGGACUUCCAUAGAGAUUUGGACCUUCAGAAGAGACAGAUUCUAGAGAGGGGGAUUGAAAAGAUUUGGCAAGGAGACGACGCUGAAAAUGGCGCCUCGCCUGAGAAUGUUAGUGGCUGAUCCAUGGCGUCGCGUGCAGCUUCUGAAAAUUGUGGGAAAUGAAGGUAGUAUGUUGGAAAUGUUAGUAGUCUUGUGAUACAUGUAUUAAAAUUGCUCUCUACCAUUACUGUUUAUUAGCUAGCUCUAAGAAUUGCUAUUAUCUGUGGCAAGUAUUUCUCCUCAUAGCUUUCAUUUACCCUUUUUCUUUGGUCAAAUUAUACUGUAAGCUCUGUUUCAAGAUUCAUACUAUAGAACUACUGCUGACAUGGAAUGAACAUCUAUAUUGAAACC